GGGGGCUGCCGGCAGCCGCGUGCAGUAUAUAGGAGCGCGCCGGCCGGCGGAAGGCGCAGUCGCCCGGCGGGCCGCGCAGGAGCACCACUGUCCGCUGUACACUCAACACCCACCCCACUACCUCCCACUACACUACGCUACACACUCCGAAAGAUGACUGCAAGGGCGAGGGCCGUUAUCGCGUGUUGCGUCCUCUGGGCCACGGCGGCGCUGGCGUCGCAGGGCGUGGACAUGUCGGCGGCGCGCUGGCGGAUGCAGGCCCGCGAACAGCUGACGUUCGCGCGCAGCUCGUGGGCGCGCGCGGCGCUCGAGGCCGCCUCCGGGUCGCCGCACGCGCGCAACGUGGUGCUCUUCAUCGGCGACGGCAUGGGCAUCCCCACCGUGACGGCCGCGGGCAUGCACCGCGCCGGCGAGGGCACCCGCCUGCUCUUCGAGAGGUUCCCCUUCACCGGACUCUCGAAGACCUACAGUGUCAGCAAGCAGGUGGGCGACUCGGCGGCAACGGGCACGGCUUUCCUGACAGGCGUGAAGACGUCCAACGGCGUGCUGGGGAUGGACGCGUCGGUGGUGGCCAAGCAGUGCCCGCGGCCGGCGGACGUGGCGGCGCGGCUGACGUCGCUGGCCGGCUGGGCGCAGGCGGCGGGCCGCGUCGCCGGCGUCGUCACCACGACGCGCAUCACGCACGCCACGCCCGCCGCGCUCUACGCGCGCUCCGCGCACCGCGACUGGGAGUGCGACACCGAGCUGCCCGAAGGCUGCCAGCAGCUCGACAUAGCGCGCCAGCUGGUGGAGGAGAUGCCGGGCAUGGAGCUGCGCGUGGUGCUGGGCGGCGGGCGCAAGCAGCUGGGCGACCUGGCGGCGGCAGAGCGCGACGGCACCGACGACGACGGCUCCUGCGGCCGCGCCGACGGCCGCAACCUGACGGCCCAGUGGCUGCGCCUGCCCGGCCGCCGGCACCUCGUCCACACCAGGGAGCAGCUGCUGCAGGCGGACCUCGACAAGGUGGACUACCUGAUGGGACUUUUCAGUGCAGGACACAUCCCAUACACUGAUGCUCGCCGGCCCAGAGAACAUCCCUCUCUGGUAGAAAUGACACAGCAAGCCCUGCGUCUACUGUCACGUCAUGACAAUGGCUACUUUCUCCUCGUAGAAGGUGGCCGUAUUGACCAUGGCCACCACAAGAACUAUGCUCGUCGUGCACUCGAGGAGACUCUUGAGCUUGAAGCAGCUGUUGCCGCAGCCCUUACCCUCACUGACCCUAAGGAUACAUUGAUUGUGGUGACAGCUGACCACUCUCAUACAAUGUCGAUAAGUGGAUAUCCCAACCGUGGUACUGACAUCCUUGGUUUUGUCCACAAUGAUGGUGAAGAGCCAUAUGAGACACUCACAUAUGCAAAUGGUCCAAGCUUCUAUACUCAUCGUAGUAAUGACACUAACAGCACGUGGGUGAAUGUAAUGGAGAUGAAUCGAAGUGCUCCGACAUACCAACACUUUUCUCCUAGAUAUUUAAAAGAUGAAACUCAUGGAGGAGAAGAUGUCGCUGUCUACGCUGUUGGUCCAGGUGCCUAUCUCUUCACUGGUGUAUAUGAACAGAACUAUUUAGCUCAUGCUAUGGCUCACAUAGCAAAUAUUGGGCCUGAUGCUAUGGUUUCUUCUGCAAACACUGCACACAUGUACAACUUCAAUGUAACUGCACUUGUUUCACUCCUUGCUUCAAUAUUAUUAGGCAUCUUAAGAUAGCCUUGACUCAUUUUCAUGUGUGUGAAGACUGUAACAGAAAAUCACAAUCACUGAUUACUUAUGGAGCCAAUCAUGCAACAUAUGUACAACAUAAACCUAUCAGUAUUAUAAUUCAUAACAGCGGAAGCUGUUACUUAAGACACUUUAUGCAAAAUGAAAGAGUGAAUGGAAACUUAUUCCCUCACAUGCAGAGCACCUAUGUGACCCUGUUUCAAUGCCUGCAGUACAGCAUUUGUAAAACCAUAAAAAAAUUAUAUUACUCAGCUACUUUAUAUAGUUCUACUGUGCAGACAGGAGUAACAGUUAAAGUCUUGCAGAGUUAUGUCAUUCUGGUGCAUAAAUUAUAUUAAAAAAGUUGUGUCUGUAAUGAUAUUAAAAUAAAAGUCCAUUCACAUUUCUAAGACCAUUUGUUGCUGUGGGCAAGCUUACACAGCUUCUUUGAAACAGUAAAAUUACAUUUUUGAAAAUAAAAUGUGGCUGUACAUGUGCAAAUACAGAACAUUAGAACCAAAAGUUUAAAGGUAUACACAUACCACUUCUGAAAUUCUAC